CCACGUCUGAAUAUCGAUGAUCGAUUGCUUCUGUCUUUUGAAACCAGGAAGUGUCUCAUUCUGUUUACAGUGAGCUAGCACGAGUUCAUAUGGUUUUAGGUUGCAGUUAGAGUUGAACAAAAUGACAGAAACAUUAAACGGAGCUGCGUUUGACGCUGUGACGGUGCACAAUUUUUCGGAGAAGAUUUUGGAGCAACUCAUUCAUUUCCACGUCAUGAAGCUCAGCGGAGGGUUCUUCCUGUGGGUCGGUUCGAGUCCGGUCCUGUCCAACCUGGCGGUCUCCAUGAGCAGCAAAUUCGAUUCCAUGCCUUUAUCCACAUUAGUCUUGGGAGACCCGUCCAACACUGCUUCAAAUUCCCUGGCACAGAGAUUAGCAAAGAAGACCAAAAAGCAAGUCUUUGUGAGUUACAGUAUUCCAUUGACGGACUCCAACUUCAGCCUUCUGGUGGAGAACAGAAUCAAAAAGGAGCUGGAGCUUCACCCGGAGCACUUCUGAGCACAUACGAUUUGUUUAUUUAGUUUAUUUUUCUAAGAAAGAACUUUGACUUGUAGUCCCCUUCCAAAUACUGUAACCUCACUCCAACACAAUAACCACACUCAGUCACAUCAAGUGUUCUUUUAUUGACAUAAUAAAUUAAGUGGUUUAUUAUCAAAACAUGUAGGCCUAUGGCUUUUUGUACAAAUGCAUCAUAUUAAAAAAAUAACACUUAGAAAACAG